CUGUGCAAACGAUGUUCAUGGACGUCGUCAGCACGAAUUCUUAUUAGUAAUUUCCUGCUUCUGUGGUAAUACGAAACUCAAUUUUGACUGGUGCCAAGCAAAACAGCUUCUCUCUCUCUUCUUUCUACUGAGUCUUGCGCCUCAGAGAACGGUUGCUCCGUGUGUCUUCACCAUGCCAAAGAUGAGGAAGACACAUGCUCAAGUCUUGGCUGUUGGCAAGGACUUUUUGAAGUUCCUUGAAGACACAGGAAAGCAUGACGUCACCAACAAGUCAGAGAUGGCUGAUAUAUACAGGAAUGAAUACAAACCUUUAAAUUCAGUUGCAAGUCGAGGGUGUUCUUUUAGUCGCAUCAUCUACACACUUCGGAUGAAAAACAAAGUGAAGGUGACGGGUGAGAAUAACCAAGUGAUCAUUGCAGACUUUGCCAAGGGUCGGUUUAGUGCAGUGCAGCUAGAAUGCCGGGAUCUACUAUCAGACGCCACAAAAUUUCCAUCAUCUCGUAUCGGUGGGCAGCACCCGUACUUCUGUGCAGACUGCAAUGUGCAAGGAACGUCUAAAGACGCGUUCACAGAACAUCUUCGAGGGAAAAAACAUCUUCAGCAGAUGUACUACAGGUGUAUGAAGAUGCAGAGGCUUGAGUUGAUAGAGAGUCGUAAAGGUAUCACAGUUUCCUGCGAGCACUACGAUGGGGAUGGUGUUAUAGGAUUCAGUAUGGAAAGAAACUGCAAAAAAGAAUUCAUCAUUACUGUCCGAAAUAACAGUGUGUCCAAUGAGAUACAAUUCUUAGCCUGGGUAAUGUUGAAGCGUCAGCCAGACAUCACCGUCAUCCAGUCUGUACAAGAUGAAUUUCUUCUGCCAGGAAUGCAGUUCAGUUUGAGGGUCAGCGUCAAGACAAGUUCGCUCACCGUUCUCCAAAGCCCACUUCUCUUGGCCUUUAAGCUUGCCAAGGAAACCAAGGCUUUCCAGAUUUUGCGUUUUCUGAAGAUUGAAGUUGUGAGUGAGGUAGCAAAAGAUCUACCCCCUACCAUACCUUAUGAACGCCCCAAGAGAAAAACAAUGAGGGAGUUAUGGGGAGAAGUUGUGGAGGGUGAACGUCUACCAAGCUCCAACAAGAGUAAGUUAGUGAUGGGAGAGUUGAAGCAAUACACCAUACCAGCACGACUACGCUACAUGGGCCGAACUGAUGACUUAGAAGAUGAUAAAGAGCAGAAUACUUAUGAGAUGCCGCUGAAAUGGGACAACUAUGUGGAGAAACUGUCAGAUCUGCUUCACAUUGAGGAGAAGCAGAUGGAAGUGGACAUUCGUAGAUAUGACUUGGAGGGGGCCAUCAUGAACCAAGACGGAAAAUUCUUACGACUUAAAGUUCUAGGCCUUGCUGAGAAUCGUCCUUCUGUGCUCAAGGGAGAUCAUCUUUUUGCUCGUUACCCGGGUGAUCGAUCCAAUAAGGAGCAUGCUAAGAAGUACAAGGGAUACGUCCAUCGCGUUGAACUGGAAGAACUGGUUCUUGGUUUUGACAAAGUGUUUGUGAAUAAACACAUUGAUGGGCAACCUUACGACAUUGAGUUCACCUUCAACCGGUUCCCACUUCGUCGUCAGCACUUUGCUGUAGAGGAGGCAUUCAAGAACCACAUGGAACCAGUUCUCUUUCCAAAGUCUACUGACCAAGUAUCUAAAAUGCCUUUGUGUACAGUAAAGGAAGACACAAGUGAAUUUGCGAGGCAGCUGUUUGACAGGAAGCUUGCAAGCAAUGAGGAGCAGAUGAGAGCUAUCCAGCAUAUCGUUAAAGGCUCCUCUCGUCCUGCUCCUUAUCUUGUCUUUGGACCGCCAGGCACCGGCAAGACUGUCACCAUAGUUGAAGCCAUCAAACAGGUCUACAAUGCUUUGUCUGAGUGUCACAUCCUUGCCUGUGCUCCUUCUAACAGUGCCACUGAUCUGAUUGCAAAACGUCUGCUCACCGGUGGAACACCAAUAGAUAAGAACAACCUCCUCAGAAUGAAUGCAACAAGUAGAGACUGGAGGACAGUGGAUGAAACUCUCAAGGACAAAGAAUGCUGUAACUAUGACAAGAUGACAAACGAGACUUACUUUUCCUCUAAAGAAGACAUCAUGAAGAAGCGUGUUAUAACCACAACACUCUGCACUGCUGGACGACUUGCAUCAGCGGAUUUCCCUAAAGAUCAUUUCACUCAUGUCUUUAUUGACGAGGCUGGUCAUGCUGUGGAACCAGAAGCCAUCAUUGCCCUGUCAAAUCUCCUGAAUUCAGAGAACACCAAAGGAGGUCAAAUAGUUCUAGCCGGUGACCCCAAGCAGCUCGGACCCAUCAUCAGAUCACCGAUAGCAAUAAAGAAUGGACUAGAGCUGUCACUUUUGGAGCGUCACAUGUGCAGAUCUGAAAUAUACAAACGCAAAGAAGAAGAGCCUCACUACGACAACCGUGUCUUGACCAAGCUUUUGCGUAACUACCGCUCUCACCCGGCCAUCCUAAAACUGCCCAACAGGAUGUUCUAUGAUAAUGAACUUGAGGUUCAUGCUGAUGAGCUGGAGCGAGAGUCAUUGUGCAAUUGGGAAAAAUUGCCCAAUAAGAAAUUCCCCAUCAUUUUCCAUGGUGUGGAAGGCAUAGAUGACCGAGAGGGUCACAGUCCUUCUUUCUUCAACAAGAAGGAGAUUGAGAUUGUCGUGGAGUAUGUUGAGAACCUUCUGGACAAGAGAGGAGGAAGAAAAAUCAAAGAGUCUGACAUUGGGGUCAUCACUCCAUACCGUCGCCAGGUGCAAAAGAUUAAGGAGGUGUUGAAGAAGCGUCACCAUGGUGACAUCAAGGUGGGGUCAGUUGAGGAGUUUCAAGGUCAGGAGCGAUUGGUCAUCAUCGUCUCCACGGUACGCAGCACUAAACCAGAGCACAUCCAGAUGGACAUUGACUUUCAUCUCGGCUUCGUCAAGAAUCCCAAGAGAUUGAAUGUUGCUGUCACACGAGCCAAGGCAUUGUUGAUUUUGGUUGGUAACCCGUACAUGCUGAACAAGGAUCAGAACUGGAGCAUGUUUCUUCAGUAUUGCAUUGAGAACAAAUCUAACAUAGGAUGUAAUUUUGAAGAGGAAGAGGACGAACUGGAGGAUAGUAUACAGAAGCUUGAUCAAGUCAAAAUUACUGCUUCAUUAGUUGAUAAGCUAGCUGUAGAUGGACUGGGAGUAAGUGCUGUUGCUGAGCAACAAGAUCCUGAGUGGCGAAGUGAGGUGUAAAGAGCGCCCUCGCUGUGAUCCUUGCUCGUACAGAGCAACCUUUGUGAUCUUCAAACAGUGCCUCAGACACGUAAUGUUCAUCAUUGACUUAAAGGCAGUGGACACUAUUGGUAAUUAAUCAAAAUAGUUAUCAGCAAAAAACCUCACUUGGUAAUGAG